AACGAGUUUCUGAAUGAUCUGGUUCUCUUUGCCCUUCAUAUUUAUUUAUUUGGUUUAAAAUAAAAAUAAAGAUUAUGUGAUCAAUCGCUUUGUUACCGCAGCAGUCAGUCAGUCGAUACAGUCAAUACAGUCCAGUCCAGUCGAGUAUUUCGUGGGCCUCAGGUUGGAUCGAAGAGUACCUAGGAAGCGCCAGGGCUUGUCGUGUGCCUGCCUGAGUUGAGUUGGACCUGGGAGGGAGCGAGAGAUGCGUGCGGAAUGGAUGGGACAGGACGGUGCGAAGUCAUCCAUCUCUACUGUACUCGCCUACUGUGGUACUGGAGCGGAUCUAGCAAGGACAAGAAGGUUGUUGUUAUGGGAGAGGAGAGAGGUGGUGCUGGUGGUGGUCUUGUCUCGUCUUGUCUCGUCUCGUCUUGUCUUGGGCGGUCUUUCACAACAGAGCACACCACAGCACAACACAGCACUACCACUUACUGCUGCUGCCGCCAUGCUACUGUACUGUACUGCUGCUUCUCCAUACAUCACCUGGGCAACAUACCAUACCCUGGAACAGCAUCACCGUCCCAUCCCAUCUCCAUCUACUUCCUCCACUCACUCCUCAACUAUACCGACAUUUGUUGGCUUCCAUUUCCAAUCCAAUCAAUACACCCACGCUUCACCCCAUUCUCAUCGCCUCCAUUCUAUCGACCAUACAGUAUACAACACCUUUCGCCGCCCCACACUCGAAUUCUCGCACACUCCGCAUUCAUCGUCCAUCCGCCAGCUCGGAUUUUCACCCCGUCAAGUGCGAAUCCCACUCCACCAAUCCGAGGCGAGCUUGCACCCACAGACAGCAGGCCCUCUCUCUCUCCACCUUGAUAAUCUCCUCCACCACACAUAUUCCUCCCCAAUGGACAAGAAGGAUAGCGACAACAGACCAUCUAGCAUUUGGACUCGACGAUCUACGGAGCACGCGACCAGAAGCAGCAAGCUCAACCUCUCCACCAACAACACCUCAUCCACCGACCUGUCCGAUGUCUCAUCCGCCAAACGGUUCGGCGGCGGCGGCGUGAGCAAACCGGCGACCUACAGCUCGUUGGCGUCGCCCUCCACCCUCGCCGUCGCCUCGCCCACCGGCAAAGGCGGAUCCUCCCCGUUUGGCCUCGGAAACGGAGCCUUCGGAUUCUCUAGCGCGACCAAGACUGCAAAGGCACCCGGUGGAGGUUCGGAAAAGGCGGGCGGCGAUAAGAAGGACUCUUCGGACGAUGCCAGCAGCAGAGGGAGCGGGGACAAGCGGGUGACGGGCAACAAACCUCCCCCGUCGACCCGACAGAGCGCCGCGCCCGCCGCCGCCGCCGCCGCCGCCGGAUCAGAGAACAUGGCUGGCAUCGGCGGCCGCGAUCCCUCACAACCCUGGCCGCUCCGGCAUCCCUGGAUCAUCUACUACCGCCCGCCCACCAGCAAGAACAGCGACUACGAGAAAUCCAUCCGCCCGCUCUGCCGGAUAACCACGGCCCAGGAGUUCUGGAAGGUCUACAGCCACCUCCGCCGGCCCAGCGACCUCCCGACCGUCAGCGACUACCACUUCUUCAAGGAGGGCAUCCGGCCGGUGUGGGAGGACGAGGAGAACCGGCGCGGCGGGAAGUGGACGAUGCGGGUGAAGAAGGGCGUGGCGGACCGCUACUGGGAGGGCCUGCUCCUGGCCAUGGUCGGCGACCAGUUCGUCGAGGCGAGCGACGAGGUCUGCGGCGCCGUCGUCAGCGUGCGCUCGGGCGAGGACGUCUUCUCGCUCUGGACCCGGAACGACGGCGGCCGCAACGUCAAGAUCCGCGAGACCGUCAAGCGCGAGCUCCACCUCCCCGCCGACACCCUCCUGCUCUGGCGCAGCCACGACGAGAGCAUCGUUCAGAAGCAGGAGGUCGACCGCGCGCGGCUGGAGAAGGUCAGCGCCGCCGCCGCCGCGGGCGGUGGUGGUGGAUCCGGGACCGGCGCGGGCGCGGACAGGAGGAGGAAUACGGUCAACAACAAAGGCGACGGCGGCGGCGGGACGGCGUAAGGGGAGGAAAAAAAGGGGGGGAAGGCUGGGUGGAUGGACGAAUGGAUGGAUAGAAGGGGGAGGAGAGAAAAUUCGUCUGCGGUAAAAGCAACCCUUUUCUUUUCUUUGGCUUCUUUGGCUUCUCUUUGGCUCUUCUCUGGCUCUUCUCUGGCUUCCUGCGCUGUUUGUUCUUUUAUGUCCUCUCUCUCUCCCCACCUACCUA